AUGGAGGGCAGUCCAGUGACUCUGACCUGCAGCAGUGAUGCUAACCCAGCAGCUACUUAUACCUGGUACCAGUUGAACUACGGUCAACUUCCCACUAAAAAGGCCCAGCUUUACUUUGGGUCCAUCCAGUCAUCUGACUCUGGACAGUAUUACUGUGAAGCUGAGAAUGAUCUAGGGAGGGAGAGGACAUCUGGAUACACAUACAUUAAUGUGAAAUAUGCUCCAAACACUUGUUCUGUGUCUGUCAGUCCAAAUGGUGAAAUCAUUGAGGGCAGUCGAGUGACUUUGAGCUGUAGCAGUGAUGGUUACCCAGCACCUGAGUAUACCUGGUACAAGGUGAACGAUCAUGGACAUCACAGUAAAGGAUCAGAGCUCGUCUUCAGUCAGAUUCAGUCCUCUGACUCUGGGAGGUAUUACUGUGCAGCUGAGAAUGAUCUAGGGAUGAGGACAUCUGGAUACACCAACAUUAAUGUAAAAUAUGCUCCAAAGCUUCCCUCUGUGUCAGUGAGUCCCACUGCUGAGAAGGUCGAGGGCAGUUCAGUGACUCUGACCUGUAGCAGUGAUGCUAACCCAGCAGCUACUUACACCUGGUACAAGAAGACCGGAAACUGGAGAGGUCAACAACUCAGUAUCAACACAGAGCUUGUCUUCAGGUCCAUCCAGUCCUCUGACUCUGGAGAGUAUUUCUGUGAAGCUGAGAACAAACUGGGGAGUAGAACAUCUGAACCCUUCUCUAUUGAUGUUAAAUAUGCUCCAAAGCUUCCCUCUGUGUCAGUGAGUCCCUCUGGUGAGGUCGUGGAGGGCAGUUCAGUGAUUCUGACCUGUAGCAGUGAUGCUAACCCAGUAGCUAACUACACCUGGUACAAGGAGAAUGAAGACUCACCAAAAGCUGUAGGACCGGUUUUCACCAUCACUGACCUCAGAGCUGAACACAGUGGGAAUUAUUCCUGUGAAGCUCAGAACUCAAGAGGACGUCAUAACUCCACCUUACUUCUGAUUGUUGUGACAGGGAACUUACAAUUCAAAAUAAAUAUCACGAAGAUGGCUUUGAUGCUCCUUAUGAUGACUCCUCUGCUUGUCCUGACUCUGUGGAUGAGGAAGAAGAAAACUCUGAGCCCCACCAUCAAACCAAAUGAGCCUGUAGAGAUGAUAGAGCAGGUGUAUGCAAACGUCUCAGCCAUCCUUUCAGCACAGACAGAAGAUGCAGAGGAGCAGGAAGACCUGGUGUGAAGUCCAGAGAGAUGCAGUAAACAGAGGAGGGAUUCAAAAGUAAGGCUGUGGAGGAUGUAGAGGAAGUGGAAAUAUUUAGCUUCAACUGUUUUCAAAAGUUUUCAAGUUGACUUUAAAUCAUUGCCUUAACUAUGUACGCUUCUUUAUUCUUGAAAAGUUAUAUUAUUCUUGAAAUGACUUCUUUACUCUCUCUGUUUGCUCUGAUAGAGUUCCACUCUUCAUGUUUAUAUUUUGCAAAUAUUAAUCAUAUUUUCUGAGUUAUGUGACUUCAAGUCCGUCAUGAGCAGCUCAACACUGUGAUCCAGUCCCUCCAGGAAGUUGCGAUUUCGCGAUCGCAACUAUCAACGCAAAUUCAACCAAUCAGCGCGUUUUUUUUCGCGGC